AUGUUGGAGCAUUUGGGGGACAGCACCCUGGAUCCAUCUGAGGACCGAUCCCAGCACCCCGGAGAGGGUGUCAGGCAGCUGGCAGGGCCGGAGGAGAACACUGCUGGUGUUGGGCAUCCCAGUGGGGAGGGCGACCCUGUGCCCGCUGUAGAGGGGGUGGGCAGCACCUCUGCCUGCACAGAUGGCAGUGCCAGGGCUGAGAGUGGCCCGCUGGAUGCUGACGAGGACCCGGUGAGCGGUGUGUGGGAAGGGGCCCCCCCGGAAAGCCACGAGCCCCCACUGUCCCUGGAGCUGCUGUGCCGCGGCGUAGAGGGGCUCUCACCCACAGCCUGGGCCAAGGAGCCAAUGGGGGCAGACGAGGACGUGGGCUCACUGCAGCAGCACCGGUGCAGCCAAGAGGCCAAGGAAGAGGAGGGAGGUCUCUGCAGCAGCUCCCCGAAGGCAGAGCAGGCCAGUGCCAGGACCCCGAGCCAGGCCAGCCCGGGUGCUGAGGAGAGCUGGGACGCGCUGUUCAACGACGAUGGGGACUGCCUGGACCCGCGCCUGCUGGAGGAGCUCUCAGGGGGUGAGAAGCACCAGGAGAGCCAGCAGUCACCCCGCUUCAACUACUACGGGGCUGAGCCCGCCGCACCAGACCUCAGCGAUGCUGAGCUGCCCCACGUUAUUGAGAUCUAUGAUUUCCCCUCGGAUUUCCGCACUGAGGACCUGCUGCGUGUCUUCUGCAGCUAUCAGAAAAAAGGCUUUGAUAUUAAGUGGGUGGAUGAUACACACGCCCUGGGCAUCUUCUCCAGCCCCAUAACAGCACGCGAUGCCCUCAGCACCAAGCACCUGAUGGUGAAGACACGCCCGCUCUCACAGGGCACCCGUGCCUCUAAAGCCAAAGCCAGGGCAUAUGCUGACUACCUGCAGCCGGCCAAGGAGCGCCCCGAAACAUCAGCUGCCCUGGCCAGGCGGCUGGUGAUCGGUGCCCUAGGGGUACGCAGCAACCAGACACCAGCCCAACGAGAUGCUGAGCGGAGGAAGCUGCAAGAAGCCCGGGAGAGGAAGCGCCUGGAGAACAAGCAGCGGGAGGAUGCCUGGGAGGGCCGGGACUAA